AUGCUUUUAAAAGUAAUUUGGUUUCGUUUAUGCUUCGGUACAACUAAGAAUAUCGACAAGACGGGGAAAGACGAGACGAGAGCAGAUUGUGUAAAUCAAAUUAUGCGGUUGAACGAUCGGCAGAGACGUGUUAGAAUGAUUCAAUGCCACUGCACAGAAGCGCGAAAAAUGUUACAACACGCAAGAGAGAUGCGACCACCUCAAGCAUGGCAUUUCAAUUUUACAUGGGAUCUUUCAGUGCUAAUAAAUUGA